AUGCACUCUUUAAACCAUAAAAGCUACAAUUAAAUAGGAGAAGAAGGUUCUUCAUCUUUAGGAUCUAUUUUGUUAAAUUGUGUUAAUCUCUCAACUUUGGGGCUCUAUCUUUAUUAGAAUUAAAUUAAUGAAUAAGGUGUAUCAACUCUAUGCUCAUAUCUAAAAAAUUGCAAAAAUCUCUCAAAUUUAACACUCUAGUUAACUGAUAAUCAAAUUGGUGUAUAAGGUGCAUAAGCUUUAAGCAGUGCUAUAGUAAGCUGCCAAAAUAUUUCUGUUCUUUCACUUUACCUCUAUAAUGUAUAAAUUGGAGAUGAAGGUACAAAAGCUUUAAGUGUUGCUUUUCUAAGCUGCAUAAAUCUCUCAAAUUUGACACUAUUACUUGCUCGUAAUUAAAUUGGCUUAUAGGGAGCAUAAGCUUUAGGUUCUUCUUUGGCAAAUUGCACAAAUUUAUAGUCUCUAAAACUUUUCUUAGUCAACAAUUAAAUUGGAAACUAAGGUUUAUCAGCUUUAAGCACUGGUUUAUUAAGCAAUAAAAGUCUUUCAAAUUUGAAAAUUGAUCUCACAAAUAACCAAAUUAAUGAUGAAGGGGUAUUAGUUUUAGGAACAACUCUAGCAAACUCUACCAAAAUUAAAUCUUUAGGCUUAGAUCUUACUAACAACCAAAUUGGUGUAGAAGGUGUAGUUGCUUUAGGUUCUUGUUUAGCAAAAUGUAUUAAUCUCUCUAACUUGACAUUCCAACUUAGGUAGAAUUAACUUUCAGAUGCCUAAAAACAGAGAUUAGUCAUUAAGAUUUUUAAAUUUAAGAGAUUAGUUGCGAAAUCAAUAGCUCUAUGA